UCUCCCCAACACAAUCUUGAAAAACAUACCAUGGACACAGACACAGAAGCACAAUCGACACCUCGAGUCAACUCAGCGCGUCUCAGCGACUUCGUUGGUCGGUCAGUCAGGCUUGUAUGUAAAGUUGAGCGGGUAAAAGACUUGUCUGCUAUCGUGCGUGCGUCAGAUAUGGGUCAAGUUGAAGUGAAGAUGCCGAAGGCGGAAGAGUUCCCGGAUUCAUUCGUAGAGAUCAUCGGUAUGGUCGAAGACGCAAACACAAUCAAGUUGCAAGGUAGCAUCCUACUUGGGAAUGAUCUGGAUUUCGAUGUCGUCAACGAUUGCAUUACCAUGAUGCACAACCCGCAAUUCGAAACCGUAUUCUAGCUGUAGAGCACACUAUGUCUUUGAGUGUUGAGUCAAGCAUAUUUUCUUUUUCGUGUAUCUCGUAUCUCUUUCUCAUUUAUUUGUAACAUACAUCGUAUUCUGUCAUAGCAGAAAAAGACAUAUCAU